CCCGCCCGGUGGAGGGACCCGAACCCGGACCGGGGGGACCCGAACCUUGAGCGGAAACACCCGAACUGCCUGAGGGGACCCGAACCUCCCGGCGGGAGCCGAACCGGGAGGAGCCGAACCUGUCCGGAGAGACCCGAACCGUCCCGAACACCCGAACCGGGAGCGUCCCGCGCGAAGGUUCCCCAGACCGCCCGGGCGGGAACCGAACGUGAAACCGAAGCGCUCCGGAGGGACCCGAAUCUACCCGAGGGGACUCGGACCCGCCUGAGGGAAACCGAACCGGGAGGAGCGGAACCGCUCCGGAGAGACCCGAACCGGGAGCGUCCCGCGCGAAGGGACCCGAGCCCACCCGGAGGGGACCCGAACCGGGACCGUCCCGAAUCGGGAGCCGAACCCAACCCAAAAAGUCCCAAACUCCUCCGGAACAACCCGAACCCACUCGGGAUGCCCCCUCCGUGCCGCCCCCCGUCCCCUCUCCGCUGCGUCCAGGCCCUCAGCGCCCUCCUGGCCCUGGCGCUGGCGGCGGCCCCUGGCUACUGGAACCCGGGCGAGGGCGACGGCUGCUUGUCCGCUUGGGCUUUGUCCUUCGUCUUCACCCUCCUCCUCCUCCUCAACGACGCCUUCCGCCGCCCGCCGCCCCGCCGCGACCUCCCGCUGGCCCUGGCCACCGCCGCCGCCAUGGCUUGUGCCGCCGCCACCGUCUUGUGGCCCCUGGGUCACCUGCGAGGACACGAGGGAGGCCAGGGUCGCCCCCGCGCCCUCCGCGCCGCCGCCACGGCCGCCUCGGCCGUCGCCGUGCUGGCCUACGCCGCCGAGGUGACCCGCGACCGGGCGCGACCCGGCGAGGCCGCCCCGUACCUGGCCACCCCCUCGGGGCUGCUCAAGGUGGCCGAAGCCUUCCUGGCCCUCCUCCUCCUCGGGCUGUCGGCCGAGCUGGGCGCGGCGUCCGGACCGGCGGCCUUGCGCUGGUGUCUGGGCAUCUACUGCGUGUCCUUCGUUCUGGGGGUGCUGCUGGUCGGGGGGUGCCUGCUGGGCUGGGGGUGGUGCGGGUGGAUGCGGGACCCCGAGGGGCUGCGCUGGGGGCUGGGGGUCUACGCGGGGCUGGGGGUGGUGGCCUACGGGGCGGCCACGGUGCUGUGGGCCCUGUACAGCUUCUCUGACGACAUGGGGGGUCAGUCACGGAGACCCUACGGCUGCCCCGCGACGUGCCCCUGGGACAGGAAGGUGCUGGUGGCCGUGCUCAGCGGCCUCAAUCUGGUGGCGUUCGGGGUGGAUUUGGGGCAGACGGGCAGGUUGGUGCUGUUGAGGGCCUGA